AUGGGUCUUUCUGGAAAGGUUGAGAAACUAAUAAACGUGGAAAAAGCGAAGGAACUUAAGCUUCCUGUAAUUAAGCGAUUUUCGGGAGGUGGCACUGUGGUAGUCGAUAAUUCCACGUUCUGUCUCACGUUCAUUCUAAAUAAGAAGGACUUUCCCUCUCUUGUGUUCCCCAAGCCGCUGAUGGACUGGAGCGGUUCCUUCUACAGCAACGUAUUCAACCGGAUCAACGUCUCUUCGUUUGCGCUGCGAGAGAACGAUUAUGUGUUUGGAGAGCAGAAGUUCGCUGGAAACGCGCAGAGCUUUUCGAGCGACCGAAUGUUGCAUCAUACGUCGUUUCUCUGGGACUUCAAGGAUGAGAUGAUGGAGGCGUUGAAGCACCCCGAAAAGCAGCCGGCUUAUCGUCGACAGAGAGAGCACACUUCCUUCCUCACGCGCAUGAAGGAUCAUGUGCCCUCCAAGCAAGGCUUUUUGGAUGCUUUUCUCGUAUUUCUUGAGUCGAACGAGUUCCGGUGUAGGCGGAAGUGA